UUUGCGAAUGUUCUUAAUUAUGUGUGUGCACACAGAAAGCUGAUCGAUAACAAUGCAAGUGUGUACACACUGGCUUGCGCCGAAGAAGCCACGCCAAUUGGCAAAAAUAAUAAAGUAAAUGCCAAAAACUGAUAAUAAAGAAUCGAGAGAGUCUCUCGAGGAUCUCAUUUCACCCGAGACCUAUGCGGAAUUCCUGCAGAAACACGAGUUCGUUCUGCGUGACGAGACAACAAUGCUCGGCUUCCGCUCUGCCAUCGAGGCAAAUGCGGAAAUCUUCCGCAAUGCCACCGUUCUCGAAGUGAACUGCGGGAGUGGGCUGCUCUCGUUGUGGGCAGCUCAACGGGGCGCUGCUCGGAUUAUUGCCGUGGAGCCGAGCUGUGUGUGGCAGGUGGCACGUCGACUGGUGCGGGAGAAUCACUUGGAGCAUGUCAUCGAGGUGGUGCAGGGCAGUGUGGAGGAAAUGCAGCUGCCACCGGUGGACAUCAUUAUGUCCAAGUGGAUGGGCGCCUGCUUGAUGUACAGUUCCGCUUUAGAGUCGGUGAUCUAUGCCAGAAAUAUGUGGCUCAAGCCCGGCGGACACAUUUUUCCGCAUGUGGCAAAUCUUUAUAUUGCUGCCGCUGAUAAGCCGCGCGCGCAAGAGACGCAGGAGGAGCAGCAAUUUUGGGCACGUUACUCGGGUUUGGAUUUGACGCAUGCGUGGAACAUCAAGCAGCGAAUUCCCGUGGUGGAUGCUGUGGAUGCCAGCCAGGUACUCACCCAGCGUCAACUGCUGCGCCGCCUCGAUAUGCAAACGCUGCAGCGGGAGGAUCUCAGCUUUGGGGUAUCCUUCAAGCUGCGCACUCUGCGCCAGUCGAUUGCCAGCUGGUUUCUGCUCUACUUUGACUUUGACUUCCCCAGCGGGGAAUCGAUUACCACCAGUCCCAGUGCGGCGGUCACGCAAUGGAAGCAAUCGCUCUUCCCCAUCGAUUCCCAUCUGCCGCUCUGCGUUGGCGAUUUCCUCUCCGGCUAUUUUCGCGUGAAGCGCGGCAAUCGCCACUUGAACUUUGACAUCGAUUGGAGCUUCCGCAAUGAGCUGACGAGCAUAAAGCUGCACAAGCAAAUCUAUCGCAUGCAGGGCGAGGGGACUUAAAUAUAUAAAAUAUUAUUAUUAUAAUAAAAUACGAUUAUAUAAAACGACUAAUAGAUAUUUACAAAGUAAAAAGAACAGCUGAUAUACGA